UCGGCAGGUCUAACUCAAGAUGGGCUCAAAACAUACAAAAAGGAAACAUCCACCGGUAUCGCUUACUAAAUUUGUAAAGAGAGAUUUCACACCUGAAAAGAGGAUGAACGAAAAGUGUUUUGACCCUGAAGACUGCACACUUAUAUUUGUUGAUCGGGAGGAUGAAAUGGAUUUUUUGUGUAAUGACUACAAGUCUCUCAGAGCUCUGAUGUCCUGUGGUCAUUCUGUCACUCCGAUGUCUCUCACUGACUGGUGUCGCUACCUGUUGGAUCAGGGUGAGAGCAGAUUUAAAUGUGGUCAACCUGACUGUGGUGCUGUGUGGUCCUUUGAUGAGGUUCGUAAAAUGGCUCUUCUGACCCCUGAAGAAAGGAAGGAGUUUGAAGAGAAAAUGCUCAACAAAUUUAAGGAUGUCCUUGACGUUGAACCAGUAACAAGCCAAUAUUCAUCGACAAUGGAUACUACAGAUGUAAUGAACGAUUUCCCACCUGAAGAGAUGAUGACCGAAAAGUGUUAUGACCCUGAAGACUCCACACUUAGAUUUGUUGAUGAGGAAGAUGAAAUGGAUUUUUUGUGUAAUGACUACAAGUCUCUCAGAGCUCUGAUGUCCUGUGAUCAUUCUGUCACUCCGAUGUCUCUCACUGACUGGUGUCGCUACCUGUUGGAUGAGGGUGAGACCACAUUUGUUUGUGGUCAAACUGACUGUGGUGCUGUAUGGUCGUAUGAGGAGGUUCGUAAAAUGGCUCUCCUGACCCCUGAAGAAAUGAAGGAGUUUGAAGAGAAAAUGCUCAACAACUCUAAGGACUUCAAACCAUGUCCUGGCUGCAACUCUUCUGUGGAGAGAGCUGAUCUGAAUAAUCUGAGUGUCCUCUGCUCAGUGUGCACAGCUGAGAAAAAGAAGGACUACAGAUUCUGCUGGCAGUGUUUGAGGGAAUGGAAAGGUCCAACUCCACGAUCAGACCGCUGUGAUAAUGAUGACUGUGUCAAUGAUACACUUGAAACACUGAGAAAGUGUCCAGAGAUCAUCUUUAAGGAUGUGAAGGGGGUCACUGGAUGUCCCUCCAUCCGAGCCUGUCCCACAUGUGGCCAACUGGUGGAGCACAGCAGCAAACUAUGUAAAAGUAUCAUCUGUACCCGAUGUAAAGAGAAGUUCUGCUUUGUGUGUCUGAGGGUGUUUAGACGGUGUGUGAGGUCAAGUUCACCUUACGAGCUUUGCUCCAGAGGUGUCGCCCCCAGACAAACUUCUAUACCAGUGCGGCAGAUACAUCAUAAAUGAUAAAUAAUC